AUGAAUAUCUGCCUCACACACACACACACACACUUCUCAUGCCUCUACUCAAUUCAACAAUAUAAAUACUCUCUGAUCCAUGUGAAAAAUAAACCACUUCAAACUACCUCCGAUAAACCAAAUAUAAUGAAAACCUGGUUACUGGCGUUGUUGGUCGUAAUAUACAUUCAAUGUGCAAUGACAUACGUCCGAAGGAAAGGUGAUGAGGGAGAAAAACAGUUAUCGAGAUCAGGAGUGAACAUAAAUCGCUUCCUCACCGAUAAUAAGGAUGUUCUGGGUCACCCGAAAAGCAAACACCGACACAGAGGGAGGAAGGGUGUCAGGGGAAGGAAGUGUAGUCAUGGCAGGUGUCGAGGUGAUAGACAUCGAAAGGGCGCACCAUAUGGUAUUGGUGGAUCCGGUAUGCCAGGCGGUCAGGAUUACCGUGGCAGUGGACAAGGAGGCAUUGGUCUAUUCGGUCAACGGAAUACAGGUGUGAAGAGUGGCAGUUCGAAUGGAGUGGUUGGUGGGCAAGGUGGUGGACUGGGUGGAAUACUUGGUCAGAAUGGUGGUGGUAUUGGUAGAGUAGUCAGCCAACAAGGUGGAGGUUUGCGUGGAGAAGUCAGUCAACGUGGUGGAGGUUUGGGUGGACUAUUUGGUAAACAAGGAGGAGGACUGGGUGGAAUACUUGGUCAGAAUAUUGGUGGUUUGAGUGGCAUACUUGGUAAACAAGGAGGAGGACUUGGUGGAAUACUUGGUCAGAAUAUUGGUGGUUUGAGCGGAAUACUCGGUCAACAAGGAGGAGGAUUGGGUGGCUUGGGUAAGAUGGUUUCCGGUCUAGGUGGUGGAAACCCUCUGGGUAAACUUUUUGGUUAACAUCAGUGGAACUUCACCUUAUAUCUUAUAUUCAAAUCUUCAGAGGUAUUUUACCAUACAAUCAAUUCAUUACAAUACACUUGAAUCCAAUCAUGAACAUGUGUUCAAUGUAGUUUUGUAAUAUAACCGAAUUGUUUACUUUUCAAUAAACAUGCAUUCAGAAAAGAAAUCAUGUCUUUUAUCUGUCACUCUAUAUUCGAAUU